CACCCCAGUUUAUCCCAUCCCUAGUUACCAACCAAUUUCUAGUACAUCUUCAAGCGACACCACAUCUCUAUACCGGCCCCUCGUCAUUACAUCCUUACACUAUCGCGACUGUCAAAGAAGGUUUCCACAAGAUAUUUAGUGGACCCAAGAUUUUAUACGUAUUUUCAAGCAGCGCUCACCUGUUCCGAGAGAUAGCACCCCUAAUCUUCAACCUAAAAGAUCCAUCAUCAUGGCCAAGUCCUGGAAUCACAACAGUAGUAUCCGAAAUCAGCUGCAGUGUACACUCGACAUGCAUCCCAAGGCUAGCGUGCUUGCCAGUUGUUACAGCGUCAAGUCCUCCACUUCCGUGAUCGAUAGUUUCCACUACUGCGCUACCGCGGGGGCCGGAACACAGUGGUAUCCCUGAGGUCCCUUCGGGGUCAAAGGCGUCUCCAAGUCCUCCCUUUGGACUCUCCAUCGCUCCAGGCAUGGGGACUAGUUGGCCGGGUAAUAUAUUACCGGAAUAUAAAGGGGAGGCAAUGCAUACUAUCCCGGAAGAGUGUGAGAGGCUCUUCUGUGACAUAUUGUCUGCGAUCUUCCUUGGUGAGAGGAGAUCCGCUGGACAAGAGUCACUUGGGGUAGGUGCGUCUCAAAGCCGGCCGAACAAUAAUAUGCCGAUUGAACAGUGGUUUGAGCUGUUGGAUUACACCAGCGACACUAUACAUCGAGGAUUUGUAACCAAUGCGAGCGGCGAACCGACUUUAUUUGUUUUCCUUGCAGAGAAAGCACUCGGUCACGGUCUGAAAACAGGGUUGAUUGCCCUAUUUGAACUUGCUAAUAUAUCUGCUUUUGGGUGUCCCCGAAUUGUGGCAUGUGUACCUCGUUCGCACGAUGCAGUUGAACUAGAAGCUGUAAGGAACCUCGGUUGGUGCGGAUUCAGUUUGACUACAUUGCAACCGUGGGGUGCUGCAAGAGACGUCGAACGCUCGCUUAGCACUAAAUGGCUUUUCUUGGAUGCGGAGGUUUAGCUGUCGGCAACCAAACAGGUAGUUCAGUUUUUUGAGAACGAAAUCGACUUAAAUGAUUAUUAUACCUGUAUUGAGAUCGACUUAUGCUUCCAUUCGCUAGUAUGG